GAUGCGUCGCAUUUUUACAUCCCUAGCUCGGCAAAAGAGAAAAUAAAUAAUUAUAAGGUUUUAUUAUUGUUCACUUAAUAUGAAUUCGGCAACAAAGGUUGGCGAGAUUUUCACGGCGGCCGGACAGGCUUUCAGCCGCCUGGGAGACCUGACAAUGCAAUUACACCCAAAUGCGGAGUCACAGUCAGCGUCCGGUAAGUGGACGGACGAAGAAAUCGAUAUGUUGCAUACGUCCAUUAUGCGCUUCUCAGACGACCUUAGUAAGAUCAGUCUUAGCAUUAAAAACCGCACAGUGUCUCAGAUACGUCAAGCUCUGAAGAAGAAGGCUUUUGAGGAUGCUGGCAUUCCAGCCAAGCAAGUACCAGUGCCGACACAUAUAAUUCAGACAGUCCAGCACUUGCCAGUAGUGUCUUCUCAGAACUCUGUUUCAGCCGUGUCCACCAACACGGUUCUGCAGCAGCCGCAGACUGUCCACAUCCAUCACGUGCAGAAUAUACAGCAGGUCCAUGGCGUCCAGCAGACACUGCAAACCCAACCGAAGCAACUGAUCUUGCAGCAGCCCCAAACGACGACUGUCACGCUGAAACAGUUCCAUCAAAUGCAGCAACAGAAAGCUGCUCUUGCUGCUGCCGCUGCGGCGGCCAACACACCGACAAUCACGGAAAACAUCAUCAUUCAGAAACCAAUAACGACAACGACGGCACAACUGACGCAGCAGACGCAGUUAGCGCACACCGUUGUUGCGACGCCCCAGAUAGUUGUGCCUGCAGUGACAACAGUUUCGUUGUCGCCCACACCCACCACAGCAGUGGUCGUCGACGGCGUCAGCACGACGACUCCGCAAACGCCCGCAACAACGGCUUUGAAGAGUGGUCCGGAUGUGUCAAUGACAUUGAAUCGGAUUAAUGCACAGGAGAAUGAGGUGGAUGUCGAAGAGUGCCUGCCUGCCGAGGUGGUCAAGCUGGAUUUCGUGAGUGAGGAGGUCGCAAGAUGAACUUUUUUGCCUGCACAGCCGGAUAAUUCCCUCGGCCAUGUUGAUGAUUUAUAUUAUUAGUUGUAAGACUAAAUCAAAGCAGUUGGAUAAUAACGCUCCUCCCACUUUCUGGUAGAAACCUUGAACUCCAUUCUCGUUAAGCUCGAAAGUAAUUGAUGGACAACAUACAUUUUAUUUAGAUUAAGCAUUAAAAGUUAAGUGUUA